AUGCCCAUUAGUGCCCCCACCUUGCCGAGCAAGGUGGCUAAGACUAGGACAGUGAGCCCUCCUGCAGCAGCACCUCAUCCAAAGAAGAUGAGGACGACGACUAUUGACCCCUCCACCUCUGCAGCGGAAGCAACCUCAGAGACAGCACCUCCUGCAGCAGCCACUCCACCGGCAAGUGUGAUUGUUAUUAUUGAGGUUGAGUCCUCCAGUGAGAGUGCAGUGGAGGCCCCUACUGAGGAUAUACCAUCUUCACUAGAUGCCACCAUGAGCAAGACUCAAUCCCUCACACGUUCUAUUGAGGUGCCCUCUACUGCAGAGCUAGCUGUUGAGCCAUCUGAUACUUCAGCACUAGUCCAGCUAGAUCCUUCCUUGACAAUGGCUCUAGUCCUUCCGAUGGAUGUCCUGUGGUCCCUAACGCCACUUGAGGUAAGGCCACCACCUACUCCAGUUCUACCUAUCCUGUGCCACUUUUUGGUAAAGUUUUCUAGUUCCCUGGCUAUUAGAGAAGCAGCCACCUCAGUUGUCCCACCGCCAUCGGUUCCCUCGCGCGCCUCUACUCCAUUGGAGGCUCCUAUAUCCCGCCCACCAGCUCAUGUACUCGCGCCGACACAGGCCCCAACUGCUUAUUUGCCACCUCCUACUCUAGCUUCACCCAAGUCACCAGCGGUGUCUGGUAGUUUUUCUGAGGAGGAGGAGGCUGCUUUGAGCCCGCACUCUAAUGCAACCCGCUGA